UGCUCUGGAAGCGUUAGCAUUCGCAGCACAGGCCGGCGCUGUGUCUAUGGUUACAGGAGGAGUCGCGCAUGGAUGACGUCAUCGCGCGCGGACGAAGUGAGGGAUGUCCGGGUCUUUGCCUACGAGUGCUGUUGAUUGACUUUAGCAUUUAGCGAUGGGUACCAGCAAAGAGUCGGAACUGAAGGCGCAGAGCGGAGGCGAGGAAGAUGGAGACCCCGAGGAUCGCUCCUUCCCGAUGAUCCUGCCUUGUUUUCAGAGCCCAUGGAAUAUUAUGAUUAAGCAUCGGCAAGUGCAGCGCAGAGGACGACGCUCUCAUGUGGCAGUCAGUUUCAGUGACCCCGCAGUUUCCAUGGAUCUGCUGCGUGCAGUUCUUCAACCAAGCAUUAAUGAGGAAAUUCAGAAUGUCUUUAAUAAAUACAUGAAGUUCUUCCAGAAGGCUGCAGUAAAUGUGAGAGAAAACAUUGGUGAGCAAGUGGACCCUGAGCAGCUGAUACGAGACACCUGUCGCAGUUGCUUGGAACAGGCAAAAGUUCUUUUUACGGGUACGGACAAAGCAAUAGUAAAGCCUGCAUCAGAUGUGCCUGUUACGAAGAGACCAAGACAAGCAGAUGAGUCAUUCAUGCGGAGGAGUCCAGUGCCCAAAAAGAGAAAGGGACGCCCCCCUGGUCAGAGCUCUUACGCUGACCGAAAUUCCUUAGGACUUACGUCUUUAAAACUAAAGGUUGUUGAUCCUAUCCGACGUGAAGGCCCAAAGUGGGACCCAGCUAGAUUAAAUGAUACAACCACAUUUGUUCAGGGAUCACGGGCUAACAAAGCUCUAGGAAUGGGAGGGACAAGGGGACGGAUUUAUAUCAAACAUCCAGAGUUAUUUAAGUAUGCAGCUGAUGCCCAGGACAAACAGUGGCUGACAGAACAUCUGCACAUGAAAGCCACAGGUGGCAAAAUGGUGUAUCUCCUUUUGGACCAAGAUGUCUUAGACAUGGCAGCCACAGAUGAAUACAGAGACUCAUUGGAGUUGAAGCUGGAUGAACUGAAACCAUUUACUGUCCCACUAUGGAUGAUUGACAAGAUGAAAAAGUACAUGGAUCUGUUGCGGACAGGACAAGAGUAGUUGGCACACUCUGCAUUAAUACAAUCUAUCCACUGGACUAUCAUUAUGAAAUGCUCAAGAAGCAGCUUGAUUUGCCCUAAUUAUAUUAAAGCUGUAUGACAAAGCUAAUUGGACCACAGUGAUAAACCAUUUGGUACACUCUACAAUAUACACAGCAAACAUGACAUACUUAAGAGCUAAUUUCACCUUUUAGUGUUGAGUGCCCUUAACUGAUUUACAACCGAGAGCACAAUGCGAAAAUAGGCCGCAUCUGAGCCCCCUGUUGGCUCUACUUCCUGAUCUUUUCAUGAAGAUGAUUCAGGUUGAUAGCAUGAGGUCCAAAUUCUAUUGGUGAAGGUAACUGAAAUUUUAUUGGCCUAAAUGGGUCCCAUAAUGAGAACAGAGGACGAGACCACCAUAUAGAUUAAUUAGGCCAAAUCAUGCAUCAAGUUAUCCAUUGGGAGGACCUGAUAGAAUCAUGUACCACAACAGCACAGUGGUGGGGAUCCCUGGAGAGUCAAUGUAGUUGGUAGGGAUACUUUGUUUUGUUUUAAUUGGAAUUUCCACUAUUAAGCUGGAAUCAGCCUUUAUUUUAAAACCAUAAAAUCCAAAUGUUUUUAUUACCUAUUAAGUUGGCUUAAGAUGUGUAAAGAGACUUCUCUAUAAAGAGGUACAAAAAUCCUGUUAACUCAUUUAUACGGCAUGCCACACGUAACAAAAAAAGAAAAAGAUCUGGAAAUACACUCUGUAUGUGCUUGUGUUAGUGAAAGGAAAGGGUGCUAGAAUUGUGUAAUCCCUAAAUAACUAUGAGUGACAUGCUAACCUUGUUAUGUUUCUAAAUUUGCCACUCAUUUUUGUUUAUAUAGGAUGGAUUAUUAAAGGUCUUAGUAGUUUUA